AUGAGAAUUAAGAAGAGACACACAAGUGGCAAUGCGCGCAAUUUCAUAACACGUUCGCAGGCCGUGAGAAAACUGCAAGUUUCGCUGGCCGAUUUCCGUCGGUUAUGUAUCUUUAAAGGCAUUUACCCAAGAGAGCCAAAGAACAAGAAAAAGGCCAAUAAAGGUUCGACGGCGCCUACGACAUUCUAUUACUCCAAGGAUGUUCAAUAUUUGAUGCAUGAACCCGUACUUGAGAAAUUUAGAGAACACAAGACGUUUUCGAAGAAAUUGACAAAAGCACUUGGCAGAGGUGAAGUCUCUGCUGCCAAAAGAUUGGAAGACAAUAAGUCCAACUACAAGCUGGACCACAUUAUAAAGGAAAGGUACCCCAGUUUUGGAGACGCUCUGCGUGAUAUUGAUGAUGCGUUGAACAUGCUGUUUCUUUUCGCCAAUUUGCCAGCUUCGGACCACGUUUCUGCGCGUGUGACGAAAGAUGCACAAGCCAUUUGUAACCAAUGGCUUGCCUACGUUGCGCGUGAGAGAUUGGUGCGUAAAGUAUUUGUUUCGAUCAAAGGUGUUUAUUACCAGGCAUCUGUGCGAGGCGAAGACGUAAGAUGGCUUGUUCCUUACAGAUUUCCCGAGAAUGUGCCCAGUGACGUGGAUUUCAGAAUUAUGCUGACUUUCCUCGAAUUUUAUUCGACUCUGAUGCAUUUCGUCCUUUACAAACUGUACACAGAUGCGGGACUCACGUAUCCUCCUAAGUUAGAUCUUUCCAAGGAUAGAAUCAUCAGCGGGUUGAGUGCGUACGUCCUUGAGAGUAACAGCAACGACCAGACUUUCAGCCAGCCAAUGCCUUCUUCGAACUCCAAAGAGACCAUGACUUUGGACAAAAGCACUCUUACAUCCGCUCUCGACGCUGACGCGGAGAAAGCUGAAGAGCUCAAAGAGGGUUUCGAUAGCGAAGCGGAUGAAGAGGUCGCUAAAGAUGAGCUUGACGCCUUCGAAGAUACUAGUAAGAACAAGGGUGAUAUUUUAGCACAACCUAGCAACUAUGCGUCACCUGUGUCGACUUUAUUUUCUGACUUCGUCUUCUUUAUUUCUCGUGAAGUACCCGUUGAUGUCCUAGAGUUUUUGAUUUUAUCCUGUGGUGGAUCCGCUAUCUGCGAGGCGGCGCUUGAUCGACUCGACUCGAAAAACGGGAUCGACUUGACUAACAUUACACAUCAAAUUGUUGAUAGACCGGUCUUGAAGAACAAAGUGGCCCACAGAACUUACAUACAGCCUCAAUGGGUUUUUGAUUCCAUUAACAAGGUUGAGUUAGUGUCUGCUAAUAAAUACAUGCCAGGAGAGCCUCUACCACCUCAUCUGUCGCCAUGGGGAGAUGCAAGUGGCUACGACCCAACGGCCCACGAUGAAGAAACCGCUGAGACGGAUGACGAAGAGGUUGACGAAAAAGUUUCGGAAUCUGACAACGGAAGUGAAGCUGAAGAGGUGGAAGAGCCUUUUCCAGAAGUUGCUGACGACGAUGAAGAGGAUGACUCCUUGCAAGCUCAAAAGGAGCUAGAGCUAGAGGCGAAGGGAAUUCAAUUCUCUGACGCUAAGGAAAUUCAUAAGAAGCCUGUCGAGAAGAAGAGAAAGAUCGACGAUGUGAAGGAAGAGAAUGAGUUGAAGCGCAUUAUGAUGACCAACAAACAAAGAAAGCUUUACAAAAAGAUGAAGCACUCCAACAAUUUGAAGGAUGAGAAAGUUGAACAGUUGAAGAAGAAGAAGAAGCAAAUUGCUAAAGCAAAUGCCAAGCUGCAGAAAGACAAAUGA